UGUCUCUCUUGCGGGACUGUUGUUGCUCGCGUCUGUGACGGCAGAGCGUCGAAGGGAAGGGGAGGGGGAGGGGGCAGAAACCCGGAAAUGGCGUAUCGGCGAAGGCACGGGAUCACGAAAUCGUCGACCUUCAAGGAGGAGAUUUAUUCCGCUCCGCCGGCGACCGCCGACGACUCCUCGUCGUCGUCCUCCUCUCUGGCCGCCCAGGCGAUCAGAGCGUCCGCCGCUCACCGCGAAUCGUCGCUCUCGUCUGCGUACGGCGACUCCGCUUUUGCGUACAGAGACAGAGAGAAUGAUCCUCUCAGAUCUAAGAGCUUUUCUGCCUAUGGGAAUUCAUCAGCGCAAAUGGAGUCGAAAUCUGGAUUUUGGGGUGUUUUGGCUCGCAAAGCUAAGUCAAUACUGGAAGAUGAAAAUGUAUCUCAACAGUUUGAAAACCCCAGUAGAACAAUGCCUCAGGUGAUUGAUAGCUCUGUGGAUGGCCAGCAUACUCAUCAGAUUUCUGAGAGCUUCAAAAGAAUGGACAACCCUAGAUUUCGAAAGGGCUUGGAUAGGAUCACAACUUCGCUUAAUCAAAUCGGUGAUACUUUUGAAAAGGCUUUUGAGGAAGGUCGGACUAUUGUGGAAAAUAAGACUGCAGAUAUUAUUCAAGAAACCCGCAAACUGCAAAUUAGAAGGAAAGGGAGUAACCUGGAGGUGCAGAAUCAAAACCCCGGCAUGAAUAGUUCCUGGCAGCAGCCAAUCCAACAGCAGAACCCAACCAACCAUGAAACUCAACUCAAGGCAUCUCGCGACGUUGCGAUGGCAACAGCUGCAAAAGCGAAACUUCUUCUACGUGAGCUAAAAACUGUUAAAGCAGAUUUGGCUUUUUCAAAGUUGCGAUGUUCUCAGCUUGAAGAAGAAAACAAGAGCCUUCGAGAAAGCCGGGAGAAGGGGGGUAAUCCUGCAGAUGACGAUAUGAUACGCCUUCAACUUGAGACACUUCUAGCGGAGAAAGCUCGUUUGGCCAAUGAGAAUGAAACGUAUUCACGUGAGAACCGCUUUUUGAGGGAAAUUGUUGAGUAUCACCAGCUCACCAUGCAAGAUGUGGUUUAUAUAGAUGAGGGGAUUGAAGAGGUCGCAGAAGUUUAUCCCAUCGGUUACCCCUCAGUUGCUAGCAUGCUCUCACUUUCCCCAACUUCACCAAAAUCACCAACCUCACCAACUGAGACACCUGCGCCCACAAAAGGCGAGAUUUUUAAUCUCCCGGCCGUGGAAGAAGAGGACGACGAUGGCAUUGAGGAAGAAGUCAUCGAGAACUUAGAUGACUCGGUUACAAACGAAGAAGGUGAUAGAAGACCAACAACAGCUUCCGCCUAAGUUUUUGAGUCCCUAUUUUAUUUACAAGAUCUGGCGAAUGUCGAUUUGUCUUAAUUCUUUUUCUUCUUUUUCUUCCAUUGUGGUUUUUCAUCUGGAAGGUAAAAGGGGGUCGGGAGUAGACCAUAUGCUUGCUUGCAUUAAGCUAUUCAUUGGGUUUGUGACUGUGUAACGCGAGCUGUUUGGUUUUGCUCUUACAAUAAUGUCUUGGUGUUUGUUUGUAUUCCUUCGUUGAUGGCCUAGAGCGUAAAGCUAAGCUAAUUUUGUAAAUGAUGUUCUCUUAAAGAUUGCACUCUGAACUCUUGCAAA